CCUCUUUUUUGUUUUUUGCUUUGGGGGAGGGGGCCAGGGGACGAAUAAGGAAAGGAGUGAGGCAGUCCUUUGUGGUUCCAGGUCUCCCUUUCCUUCCACACCUAAGAAGGGCUCCAAGAAAAUUCCACUCUGAUCGUGCAGUCUUCUGGUUUCCUUUUCUGGUAUCAGGUGAAAAGGAGGAGGAAAAGGAGGAGGGAAGAUGGUGAGGGGGAAGACGGAGAUGAAGCUGAUAGAGAACGUGACGAGCAGGCAGGUGACGUUCUCGAAGCGGAGGAAUGGGCUUCUGAAGAAGGCGUUCGAGCUCUCGGUCCUUUGCGACGCCGAGGUCGCCGUCAUCGUCUUCUCUCCCCGGGGAAGGCUCUACGAGUUCUCCAGCACCAGCAUGGAGAAAACAAUUGAUCGCUAUAGAACACAUGCAAAAAAUGGCAUCAACAACAGUGAAGUAACUCAGCAAUGGAAGUUUGAAGCUACCAGCAUGUCAAGAAAGAUCGAAUUCCUUGAAGUUUCCAAACGGAAGCUCUUAGGUGAAAGCCUAGAAUCAUGCUCUGUUGAAGAACUGCAUGAAAUAGAGGGUAAGAUAGAGCAAAGCCUCUGCAACAUCAGAGGGAGGAAGAAUCAGUUACUAGGAGAGCAGAUUGCACAGCUCAAAGAACAGGAGCAGAUGCUCACGAAAGAGAAUGCAUUACUACGAGAGAAGUGCAAGCUACGAUCUCAACCACCGCAAGCUGCUCCAGAGGAAACUGUUCCAUGCGACCACGACAGUCAGAAUAUGGAGGUAGAGACAGAGCUGUACAUUGGAUGGCCUGGAAGGCGGAGGACCAAUUGAAUGUCGCUAGGUUGACUGGCAAUUCAGUUCCGCUAAAGCGCGUCUAUAUAAUUUAAUAACAUACCAAUGGCUCUACCUCUUUCGACAAUAAGUGAUAUGUUGAUGUGCUGAAAUCUAGUGUCGUGCCGGAUUGUUGCAGGCUUCAAUCAGAAAGGGAAAAAAAUUCAAUAAUGAAUGGAAUAUGUGGAGAAGGCAGUUUUAUAUUGCAGAACAUAGGCGAUCUUAUUUAGCUAUAGUAUACAAAUGCUUUAUGCUAAA